UUAAGGGAAAAGCUCAAAAGACAUACUUGCCCCUGGCUCCAACAACACCAAGAACCAAUCAGAUCGGUAUCCCCAUUUCUCCAUUGUUUAGCACGAAGAACCGCCGCCAGCGCCGCCGCUCUUCGCUCGCCGCUACACCUUGGCCGACUUGGCUGCCCUUCGCCACUAGCUGCUACCUCUCCACGGUGCCGCCAGUACUCUCCUCCUUUUCACGGUCGACCGCCAACACAUUUCGAAAACGAAAGCUGGAGUCCGUCCUCAGUCUCUGUGCGACAUCCGGCGGCGGCGGCGACGACUCGGAUUGACCGGCGGCCACGGGCCACGUGAGCGGCAGCUACGCCCGCCACCUGUUCGACGGAAUGUCUCCACGGAAGAAGCGCAAUAGUGCGCCGCCGGUGAGCGUCACUGACCGCAUUGGCGCCCUCCCCGACAGUAUCCUCCACCACUUGCUCUCCUUCCUCCCAGCGCAGGCCGCCGUUCGGACGUGCGUGCUUGCCCGGCGCUGGCGCCAUCUCUGGAGGUAUACCACCGGCCUGCGCAUCGUCGCCCUGGGGGAGGAGGGCAAAGUCAAAGACCUCCAUAACUUCGUGGAACAUCUGCUGAUCCUGCGUGAGCGCACAGACCUAGACACUGUCCAGAUCAAAUUCAGAGAAUUCUGUGAAGAAGAUCAGCCCUGUGUGAACUUGUGGGUCCGUUUUGCUGUGAUGUGCAAAGUUCGGGCGCUCACCCUUCAUAUCCGUCAUAACGAACUCUGCCUGGACGACCUGCCUCUUGUCUCUCAGCAUCUGAGAACAGUAGAACUUUAUCGUGUAGCCCUACACAAGUCAUUUCUUGAUUUUGCUAGCUGUCCUGCAUUGGAGGAUCUGAAGAUGAGUUUUUGCAUCAUCAAUGCUUGUAGGAUCUCGUCCCGUUCCCUGAAGCAUUUGACCAUCAAUGUCUGCUUCUACGUCUUGGAUUGCCGGAUCCGUAUUUCUACUCCGUGCCUUAUCUCUCUGAAAAUCCAUAGUUAUCAUGCUAGAACACCAUUUCUUGAAAACAUGGCGUUGCUAGAGAGUGCAUAUGUUUACCUUAGCAAUUGCUGCAAAGAUGCCUGUUUGAAUCAUGCCUCUGAUAGUUUCUGUGGAGCUAAUAAUAAUGCAUGUCAGAAUUGUGUUCCUAUUGAAGAAGAUCGCAGCAGAGAAUGUGUACUUCUGGGUGGUAUCUCAAGUGCUAAACACCUGAAGUUGCUACCUGAGAAUAGAACGGUCAUUUUCGCAAGAGAUUUAAAACAUUGCCCUACAUUUACCAAGUUGAAGACUUUGUUGCUCAACGAGUACUGGUGCGAGGGUCCUGAUUUGGAUCCGCUAGCUUGCAUUCUGAAAAAUUCACCAGUUCUAGAGAAGCUCACUCUUCAACUUUUUUCCACGGGACCAAAUCAUAAAGUGGUAAUGAAAGGAAGCUAUAGUUCAAUGGAGAGACCAUCUGCAAUAUCUGAGCACCUUAACAUCGUUGAAGUCAAGUGUAAUGUGAUCGACGAGAAAAUUCUUAAAGUUUUGAAGUUCCUGACUGCAUUCAACAUCCGAUUCGGUUUCCUGUAAGGGCGAGAAGGUAUGGGAUUUUGGUCAAUCUGCCAUCCCCUGGCUAUUGCGAGGCUUAAGCAUAUAUUCGGCGAUGAUGUUUCCAUCAUAUUUUUCUUGUGAAGAAAAUCUUAUGCUGAUUCUACUUAGAGGAAUGGUGUAGAAUCCGUGAUGUAUAACUUAUGAUCUGAACAAUCUAGACCAUCUAGCUGGACUUUUACCCUAUCAUGUUCGUACUUAUUUAUGUUACACCUUUGGUUCAUCUGAAUUGUGUUUCAGCUCUACCACUGGUUAGCACUCUUGUCGUAUCCUGUAAUUUCUGUUGCACUUAAGGUUCAUGCUGAAUUUAUUCAGCUCUUGGACUGGUUAGUACUACAAUAUUUGCUAUGUGUCUAUUUGUUUCAUGUUCCAA